GUCUGAUUGGCCAUGCAGAGAGCACCCGCUCUGUGCAGCCGGCCCAUCCGGCUUUCCCCCACUGGAGUCUGCGCAGAGCUGGAGCUGGAGCUGUCUUUCUUUUCUCUCUUCGCAUUCUCAACUUCUCCCAAUGCAUCGACGAACCCGGCGGACCGUCACCCACCUGGCCAUCUUCGCCUCCAUCCUCGCCCUGCUCCUCCUCCUCAACAGACCUCCACCCACCCAGCGCUCCUUCUCAUGGACUAAAGUCCGCUACCAAACCAGCGCCGACACGCUCCCCGAGUCGCGCGGGCGCUGUCCGGGCCUCUCCAAGUCCUCCAAGCCCGCCCUCGUCGUCUCCCACGUAAAAUCUGACGGCGACACCUCCUGGCUCACCUCCUCGUCCCUCGCCAAAAAAUACCACCUCUGCAUCUACGACGUCGACGCCUCGACCGACGAAAAUGACAAGGCCGAUUCCCUCCGCGUCCCCGCAAACCGUGCCCACGAGUCCAUGGCCUACCUCACCUUCCUGAUAGACAACUACGACACCAUCCCCUCCUCUGGCGCCAUCUUCGUCCACGGGAACCGCUGGGCCUGGCACAAUGACGCUCCCGACUACGACAACGCAUACCUCCUCGACCGUCUUAACGUCGAAUCCGCACUCGAGCCCGCCGGAUACCAUAAUCUCCGCUGCGACUGGAGCGUGAGCACAUGCGCCGCCAAUGCCCCACCGCAGGGGAGUCUGCAGAUGGCGUUCCAGUCGUCCGUGGAUCCCUGGGAUGCGCACGCGGCGUCUGACGCGGCGCUUCCAAAGGCGCUGCUGGCUAUCUUUGGUAGUGACUCCGGGGAGAAGCUGGGUAGACAUGAGACAUUGCGGUCACAGUGCUGUGCGCAGUUUGUUGUGUCGCGCGAGAGGGUGCGCAGCCAUACGCGCGGCGAAUAUGUUGCGCUGCGGCAGUGGCUGUUAGAUGGGAUGAGCCCGAGUUCAGGUGUCGGUGGGAAGUCGGACUCGAACUCGAGGGUUAUUCGUCGGCGCGAGGGUGUUGCGCCGAAAGAUGAUCGCGUUGCUGGCCGGAUUAUUUCGUAUAUCUGGCAUAUCUUGUUUCUGGAUGUCGGCGGUGGUGGAGGUGCUGUUGAUGGAGGGCUUGAGCUGGAAAAGUUGAAUAGGGCGGCCUGUCCUACUGCGCAGGAAUGCUAUUGUCGCCUUUAUGGACGCUGCUCCGUCGCGAAUGUCCUCGCCGACCCUAUCGCCUACUCCGGCGUUAGCCUCCUCGACAUAACAACAACAGUCUCAAACCCAACCGGCACGGUCUCGCAGCCCCUAACCGGCCUGGAUACUAGCAAGCCCUAUAACCUGCUCCUGUGGAUGCGUCUGCGCGACCGCAUUUCAAGCGUGAACUCGUGCACCGUUAGCGCGCAUCUCGGGGAUGAUCCAGAGGCCGGUGCUAUCGCCUCGGACUUUAUCUGGGAUGCAGCUAACUGGAUGCUUCUCAAUGGCACUGUCACUCCUACUGUUACUGAUACCACUUUGAACCUUGUUAGCCUUUGUAGCUUUUCUGGGGAUGUUACUGAGGCGCAUGUGCUUUGGGAUGAGGUUACGUUCUCGCAUUGUUAG